GUAACAAGAAAUUCAUAGCAAUUAAUAAUAAAAAGUUUUGGCAGUCGUGCUUGGAAAACUGGCAUGGUUUUUGGAGGCUGGCAGUUCAAAGUUGAAACGUCAGAAAUUACUCCAAAAGACUGCUGAGAUGAUCAUUAAGGGAGACUUAGAUCGGAUGGCAGAAGAGAUCGGGCAUCCAGAUAUCUGCUGUUUUAGGUGGCGGUCUGACGACGAUGCUCCAUGCCAUGGAAGUCCCAAGUCAUGCUAGACACCUCCUCCUGCAACUCAACACCCAGCGCACCAAGGGCUUCCUGUGUGAUGUCAUCAUCGUGGUGCAGAACGCGUUGUUCCGAGCCCAUAAGAAUAUUCUGGCCGCCAGCAGUCUCUACCUGAAGUCCCUGGUCGUCCAUGACAACCUCAUCAACCUAGACCACGAGAUGGUGAGUCCCGGAGUGUUCCGGGUCAUUCUAGACUACAUCUACACGGGCCGUCUGACGGAGGGAGACCACAGCUCCCCAACAGAGCCCAACCUGGGGGCCGUGCUGGCUGCAGCUAGCUAUCUGCAGCUGCUGGACUUAGUGGCGUUGUGUAAGAAGAAGAUGAGGAGAAAUGGGAAGUACCCUCUCCGCCCCACUCCUGCCUUUCUGCCCUAUGGGAAGAUGGGCCCCAAUAGUUUGGGUUUAGGGGGAGGGAGCAGGUAUCGGGUGUCCACCCCUGUUAUUCAGUCCUGCUACCCAGGGGGAGUUGUGAACACCCACACGCCCCGCGCCCCACCACUAGAGGAGCUGCCGCCCCACCCCCAUGCCACCCAUGCAGGGGAGUUGUAUGCCCCCACCUCCUCUCAGGGCCCUCAGGUGUUCCCCUCCACACCCUCAGCCCUGCCUGCCCAGCCCAGCCUUCGCCCAGCCCACUCUGACAGAAACUGCUCCCCCAUCUAUGGCCUGGACCUCUCCAAGAAGAGCCCUAACUCCCAGUCCCAGAACACUCCCUCCCACCCACACCUGGCCCAUGCCCUGCCCCACCACGAUGAGGAGCGGGAGGGGGGGCUGAGCGGCCGCACCAGCCCAAUGCUGGGGAACAAUGGCGGGGCCUACCCCACAGAGAAGAUGGAGACGGCUGAUCAGGCUGGGUCUCUCCCACCUCACUCUUACCCCCACCUUAAUAAGCCCCUGGGGCCCCACCUGCCCCACCUCCACUGCUCCAGCUCCCAAGGUCCAGACCACUACCCCUGCCCCCUCAGCCCCGACACCCCGACAGAGGCUGGAGAGCCCAGCAGGGAGGUGGGCAACAUCUACCGCUGGGUGAAGCAUGAGCCACUGUCAUACACAGCUGAGGAUGAAGAGGAUGACGAGGAUGAGGAGGAACGGGGUGGAAACGGAGACCAAAACCACCAGCAUCACAACCACCAUCACAAAGCAGGGGAGGAGAGCGAUGAUCGCUACCGUAGGGUAGGCUGUGAUGGGGAGGAUGAGAAGAGUGGCUCAGGCAGUGAGGGGACAGGCAGUAGUGAGGGUCGACCAUCACCCACAGGGGUCAUGGGGAGGUUCCACCUACCCUACGAGCCUGAGAGCUUUGGGGACAACCUGUACGUGUGCAUACCCUGUGACAAGGGCUUCCCCAGCUCUGAGCAGCUCAACGCCCACGUGGAGACCCACACAGAGGAGGAGCUGUACUCUGGAGGGGAGAUGGGCAGCAGCAACCCCAAAAACAACAGUAGCAACAGCAACUGUAACGGCAGCCUGAACAGCCUGGAGGGGAAGUCCAGCCAGAGCCUGAAGCCUGGGGUCCUGGGGGAGAUCAUCAGACCCUAUCGCUGUAACUCCUGUGAGAAGUCCUACAAGGACCCAGCCACGCUGCGCCAGCACGAGAAGACCCACUGGCUGACAAGGCCCUACCCCUGCAGCAUCUGUGGCAAGAAGUUCACCCAGCGCGGCACCAUGACCCGCCACAUGCGCAGCCACCUGGGACUCAAGCCCUUUGCAUGCGACCACUGCGGCAUGCGCUUCACCCGCCAGUACCGCCUCACAGAGCACAUGCGCAUCCACUCCGGGGAGAAGCCCUACGAGUGUCAGGUGUGCGGGGGGAAGUUCGCCCAGCAGCGCAACCUCAUCAGCCACAUGAAGAUGCACAGCAGUGGGGGGGCCGGAGGGGCUCUGACAGCCGACGGCAAGCUGAAGCUGGACUUUGCGGAAGGGAUCUACCCCCUGAGUAAAUACGCAGCAGAGCACCUGGGGCUGAAGCAGGAGAAGGCCUCAGAGCUGCUGGCAGAGCAUGCCAUGGAGAGCCUGUUCCCGCUGUCCAAACUGGCAGCAGAACACCUGCGCCUCAACCACCAUGACAAGAUGGAUGUCCUGGGGGUCCCGGCCCUGCCCCCUCCCCCAGGGUCCCUCUCUGACUCCCACUCCCGUAUCAUUGACCGCUACUCCCCCAGCUAAGACCCUCUGACCAGUCACCCCCAGCAAGGCCUUGGCUUCCACACAAUCCUGUGGGCACACAACUUAACUUACAGUAUUCUAACGUCAUUCACCUCAACUCCAUCAGUAUCUGCACCUCAGACUAAGGCCAAUACCUGGCCUAAAGAAUGCACACACACUGUGUAGACUCCUAUAAGUGCCUUUCUUUCCAAAGUUUGCAUUAUAUGCAUUUCAAAGACCUUCCUAAAAUGAGAAAUGUGCUAUUUCUAUUAUAUUUUGACCAAGGAAUACCCACUCAAAACAGUGUAGUGUUUAUGUAUACGCAAACCACCGAGCCAAAAACAAAUUGAGAACCAAAAAUCAAUUUUUCUUAGUUUUUUGUACAUAAUGAAAAGCCAAAGAAACUGUUGCCAGAAAGUGUUGUAAUAUGACCUGUGUACUAAAUGUACUUUUGUACUACUACUACUAUUGUAAUUGUACAUAAAAUGGGAAAAAAGCACAUAUGGACAAGAUUCAGGGCUCCUGUCCAGAACUGAAAGGACUGUUGGACAAAAGAAAAAGCCAAAGCUUUGGGAUUUGCAAUUGAUUGGACCACUUUCUUAAUUUUGUUUUUUGGGGUACUGGAUUUUCUCUCUAUCUCCUGAUCCAGUUUUACUCCAUGCUCCAGCUGUUCUAGUCACGAGGGAGGGACUAACUGAAAACAGCAUUCGCUCCACCAUUUAGGUAAAGUUAUCUGUGCUUUGUUUUUCUUUGUUUUUCUUUUGCUUUGUUGUUACGUACUCUCUGAUCAUGAUGUUGUGUACAGAGAGACCGAUAUUAAGUGACAGUAAUAGUAGCUUAAUGACUUGUACACUCAGUGCCAUAACCCUUUGAACCCAUAACCUCUCUUUAUUGGUAUUUUUCAAAUCAUUUUUUGACUUGCAUCCAAGUGCCUUCAAACUGUUAUUGAAAAGUAGCGAGUAGCACAACCCUGUGAUCUCACAACUGGGACGCAUCAUUGUGCAUACCCAACUGAUGACACGCCAAUCCUUCUCCAUGGCUUUAACAUCCAGUGAUGUGGAGUGUAGACUAAGCAUGGGUGUUGCCUGUGACGUUGUGUAAUAUACUGAACAAAGAUAUAAACGCAACAUGCACCAAUUUCAAAGAUUUUACUGAGUUACAGUUCAUACAAGGAAAUCAGUCAAUUGAAAUAAAU